UGCCUUCUAGGUGUUUCAAUAAGGACUUAUCUUCAAAAGAGCACAUUAAGGAAUCAGAAUGACCUCAGUGGGAAAGGAGUGACAGGCUCAAGAACUGUGCACCCAAGACUAAUUUUAGAAGAUAUUUGGGAGUCAAAGACAGAUUAGAGAAGGAAGAAGAAAAUCAGAAUAUUACAGGCAAGAGAUGAUAACAUAUGACAAAAUGUCCAUUUUCAGCCCACAUACUUAUUUAUCUCAGCAUCCAAGAGGUCUUUCUAUAGAGAAACCAUAUAAAUGUGAGGAAUGUGGGAAAGCCUUCAGACGAGCCUCACACCUAACUCAGCAUCAGAGUGUUCAUUCUGGUGAGAAGCCCUAUGAAUGUAAGCAGUGCGGGAAAGCCUUUAGUCGGGAUUCUCAGCUAAGUGUUCACCAAAGACUUCACACCGGUGAGAAGCCCUAUGCGUGCAAGGAAUGUGGAAAGGCUUUUACUCAAAGCUCCCAGCUUAUUUUACACCAUAGGAUUCAUACUGGUGAGAAACCAUAUAAGUGUGAAGAAUGUGGGAAAACCUUCAUUCGAAGCUCACAACUCAGCCGACAUCAAAAAGUCCACACUGGUGAGAAACCUUUUGAAUGUAAAGAAUGUGGGAAGGCCUUCACCCAGAAUUCACAGCUUACUCUGCACCGGAGGCUCCAUACUGGAGAGAAGCUCUAUGCCUGUAAAGAGUGUGGGAGGGUCUUUACUCAGCUUUCACAGCUUCUUCUCCACAGAAGAAUUCACACCGGCGAGAAACCCUAUGCAUGUAAAGAAUGUGGGAAGGCUUUUAUUUGUGGCUCUCAGCUUUCACAGCAUCAGAAAAUUCAUAAUGGAGAAAAGCCGUAUGAAUGUAAGGAAUGUGGAAAGGCUUUUAUUCGAGGCUCACUACUUAUGCAACAUCAAAGAAUUCACACUGGUGAAAAACCCUACAAAUGUGAUGAAUGUGGAAAGGCUUUUAUCCGUGGUUCCCAACUCACUCAGCAUCAGAGGAUCCAUACUAAUGAAAAGCCUUAUGAAUGUAAAGAAUGUGGAAAGACCUUUAGUCACGGCUCACAACUUACUCAACACCAGAGAAUUCAUACUGGAGAGAAACCCUAUCAGUGUAAAGAGUGUGGGAAAGCCUUCAAUCGGGGAUCACUCCUUACCCGACAUCAGAGGGUUCACACUGGUGACAAACCCUUUGAAUGUAAAGAGUGUGGAAAACAUUUUAGUCGGGGCUCAGAACUUACUCAGCAUGAGAGAAUCCACACAGGUGAGAAACCCUAUGAGUGUAAGGAGUGUGGCAAAUCUUUUAUCCGUGGCUCACAGCUUACUCAACAUCAGAGAAUCCAUACUGGUGAAAAACCAUAUGAAUGUAAGGAGUGCAGAAUGGCCUUCACUCAGAGCUCACAUCUUUCUCAACAUCAGAGACUUCAUACUGGUGAGAAACCCUAUGUGUGUAGUGAAUGUGGCAAAGCUUUCGCUCGUGGAUUGCUACUUAUACAACAUCAGAGAAUUCAUACUGGUGAGAAACCAUAUCAGUGUAGGGAAUGUGGGAAGGCCUUCAUUCGUGGUUCACAGCUCACUCAACACCAGCGAACUCACACUGGAGAAAAACCAUAUGAAUGCAAGGAAUGUGGGAAGGCCUUUGGUCAUGGCUCUCAACUUACUCUCCAUCAGAGAGUCCAUACAGGUGAGAAGCCCUAUGAAUGUAAGGAAUGUAGAAAGGCCUUCACUCAGAGCUCACAUCUUUCUCGGCACCAACGAAUUCAUACUGGUGAGAAACCAUUUCAAUGUAAAGAAUGUGAGAAGGCCUUUACUCGUGGGUCACAACUAAUGCAACAUCAGAGAAUUCAUAGCAGUGACAACUCUUUUGACUGUAAAGAAUGUGGAAUAGACUUUAGUCAUCAUACACAAUUUUUUAUUUGAGUUAACUUAUUCUUUUUGAUUAGCAUAGCUAAUCCGAGAAUUCUUACAAAUGUAAAUAUAGGACUCAUGAAGUUCAGCAUUUGAAAAUUUAUAUGGGAGACUAAAAGUGCUGAUAUAAUCCAUAUAGGAAAGUCUUGUUUGUAACUGUACUGCAUUUUAUCAAAUUAAAAUAGAAAGUGAUUCUGUUACUGUGGUAUAGAAAGGACUUUAGCACAGAAAAAGUCUGUGUCAUCAUUAUUGUGGUCCUAUAAGUUCAAUUCCUUUGUGGCAUUUGUUAUAAGUAACCUUGCAAUUUUUUUCAUGUCAUGUUUAAUCAUGUGAAAGUACUUAGAUCAGUGCCUUGAACAGAGAAUAUCAUAAACAUUAUGUACUGUUUUCAUUAUUGUGAUUUUAAAGGGUUUGCAUGGAAGAAGGAACUUACCAAUGUAAUUAAUAGUAAGAAAUCUUUCAUUACUAUUUGUCCUAGACAAAUUAUGUGGGUGGAAGGCAUUAUACACUGUCAUCAACAUGAGAAGGCAUUCAUUUAAAUCUCAUAUUUAUUAUAAAAAGAAAUUUAUAGUACAAAGAAACCCUGUUGUAUUAGUGUGUUACUGAGUACCACUGUUACAGAAUGUAGGAGAGAUGUGAUUGAUUUGUCACAAAGUCCUCACACUUAUAUGUUUCACCAUCUUUGAUGUCAACUCAAGAAUAGUAUUUAUAAAUGAUGCGCUAAAUACUCAGGAUAAAUCUAGGAAAUGAAAGAACUUAGAUAUGUAGUUUGUUAACUGAAAGAAAAAAAGCUACACUUGCAGAUUACAUUUCACUUACAACGAAAAACUGAUGUGUUUGUAUCAGAAACUGAGGUUCUACCCAAUUUUCAUUUCCCUUUCAGUCACAAAACCCUGCACACACACACACACACACACACACACACACACACACACACACACACACACUAUUUCAGUCUCCAUGGCAGGUCAACAAGAUGAGAAUGGUACUUGUAUGGGUAGAAUAUUUAGGAAAUACUUCCUCUCUGUUUCUUUCCCCUUCUUAACACUGUGGGCAUCUGGGGUGGAGCCCAGAUAGGCUCAUGAGUAUUUUGGCAAUGGUAUCUGGGUGUUAUGGAUAAUUUUGUGAACAAUCAUCCCAACUCUGUUCUGUUUAUGUAAUGCUCAUACUUGAUGCUUUCCUAAUUCUCUGAACAAUAAAAUGUUCUC